AUGUCGUUCUUCGACCUCGAAGCUCAACACUCAGUAGCUUCGACAAGAGAUAGUGACCUGUCAGCUAGUGGGGCUGAUAAUCUUAUCAGUCAGUUCGCAGAAGAGUUAAAAAAGUUGGGAAGAGAAUGCAGUAAGAUAGCUACCAAAAGGGAUUCUCCACAUGUGCGAAAUAGUAUUGAAACUGAGCUCAUACCAUUAUGCAAUAGUUUACGUGAUAGGAUCGAAGAAAUAAGGUGGAGUAACAGUGGUCAACGAAUCCCACAGGGCUCAAAGCUUCACAAUGACUUUCGAAUGCUAAAGGAGACUUUACAAAGGUUACAACGAGACUACAAUAACAAAAAAAUGAAACCUGUAUUUAAGAAACAGGCGAAUGAGGUAGCUCCUAAAGCUGUACGAGACGAGCCCGAGGGGUACGUGUCGAUCAAGGUCAACGAACAGACGCCUCUAUUGCAACAGGAAGAGUCCAACAAUCAACAACAACAGCAGCAGCAGCAGCAGCAGCAGCAGAUGUUCAAGCAAAUUCCCCAGGACACAAUUUCGCAGGAUGAACUAGAUUUUAAUACGAUAAUACACCAGGAGAGAUCUCAACAGAUUAAUCGAAUUCACUCUGCAGUACAAGAGGUUAAUGCAAUCUUUCAUCAAUUAGGUUCUCUGGUGCACGAACAAGGCGAGCAGGUAGAUACUAUAGAUGGUAACAUUGGUAAUUUGUCAAAUAACGUGCAAAAGGCGAACGAACAAUUAAACAGAGCUGAUGAGCACCAAAGACAAAGGAACAAAUGCGGCCUGAUAACGCUGAUAAUUAUAAUAGUGGUGGUAUUAGUUGUAAUAUUAGCAGUAUUAAGUUAG